AUGUCUUACAACAACGACGGCGAUAACGACUCUUACGGUUCAUCCAACCGUAAUGAUCGUGAUAACGGCAACAGCUACGGGUCGUCGAACAACGACAACUAUGGAUCCAGCAAUAACUCGGAUUCCUAUGGUUCCUCUGGUCGCGACGACAAUUCUUAUGGGUCCAACAGGAACAAUGACUCGUAUGGUUCUUCCAACAACGACUCCUACGGCUCGAGAAACAACAACGACAAUGACAACUCAUACGGCUCAUCGAGGGGCGACUCAUACGGCUCCGGCAACAAUAACAAUAACGACGACAAUUCCUAUGGCUCAUCAAAGAACUCCUAUGGAUCUUCUAACAACGAUAACAGCUAUGGGUCGAGUAACAACAAUGAUUCGUACGGGUCCUCCAAGAAUGAUUCGUACGGAUCCUCCAAGAAUGAUUCGUACGGGUCCUCCAACAAUGAUUCGUACGGUUCCCGCAACAAUGAUUCGUACGGUUCCUCCAAUAAUGAUUCAUACGGUUCCUCCAAUAAUGAUUCGUACGGCUCCCGCAACAAUUCCAAUAACGACGAUUCCUACGGAUCUUCUAAGAACAAUAAUAGUUACGGGUCGAGCAAUAACGACGAUUCCUAUGGGUCCUCCAAUAACGAUUCGUACGGUUCUAACAACAGAAACGAUGACUCUUAUGCAUCGUCCUCUAACAACAAUGAUUGGGUCCAGAAGGGAGUCAAGGAAGCCGCUAGUAGAGCCGGAUAUAAUCUUAGCUCCAAUGCAGGAUGA